CAAGUAGCACUCACGAGCCCCACCUUGAGGGAUGGUUACACUUUGCGUUGUUGAAGGCGCUCUCGGGAAGUGACAUUACUGCGGCUGAGGUGCGCAAGCAUUUCUUCUUGUCGUCUGCAGGACGAGCCACCUCGGUCAACUUCAGCCCGCCGACACAAGAGGAGAGCCGUCUCGUUGGUUGCUAUGAGCUAUCAUCUGUCGACUUCUUUGGGCUCGGGCAAGUGAACCCGCCGGCCUUGGUUGGACGUCUCUUGUACACGCGUGAUGGGACGAUGGCGGCCACCGUGCAACUUCAAGCCUCCGGAGUGUCCACUAGCAGCCGUGCUUGCUACAGUGGCGAGUGGAGAACAAUGGGAGGAGUCAGCGGAUCAUGCAGCCACGUGCUGCAUUGGUGUCGCUGCAAUCUCCACGCGGCUGAGGUCGAGGCUACUGUCGAUGUCUCCGACAAGCCCAGCAACUACUUUGCCACGCGUGUGAGAGCACUUUACCUCGCAGAAGAUGCACACAAUCUGACACUCACAACGGCACAGGGCGCGUCAUUGCAUUGGCAUCGUGCGCCUGAAUGCGGCUGGAGCUCCCCCUUCCAAACUAUUCGUGUCGAUGAACUAUUCGCCGCCGUAGUGGAGGGGGUGCACAAUGUUCCAGCCCAAUCGACGGCACAACGCUUGAACAAGGCGAGCAUGAUCAUGCACGCUGUGAUCGCGGGGUUCAUUGAGCCCGGACUGCCGCGCGAGGGCAGGGACGCGGAGGCGGAGGCGGCGCCGGCGGAGGUUGAGGCGGCCGAGGCGGCCGAGGCGGCGGCAGAGGAGGAGCCCGUCCCAGCGGAUGCGGAGAUUGACACCGCGGGCGGAGCUUGGACUUCGGUGUGGCAAGUAUUGAACCUCGUCUCGCCGCGCAUCAGCCAGUGCUUCGUCGCGGCUCUUUCGGCCACUGAGGACUCGGUGAUCGAGGAGGCGGGCGAGGCGGGCGAGGAGGGCGAGGAGGGCGAGGCGGCGGCAGAGGAGGCGCCCGCCCCGGCGGACGUUUUCAAGCUUGCCACCGCGCCGACGAGCGAGUAGUCGCAGUGACUUGGUCUUGGAUCUCGGUCUCUCCAGGUCGAGCAGGCGCACAAGUGUGCAGUGUCCGGCCCUAUGGGCCCGAUGUCUAGUCGGAGGGUGUUUAUUGGAUAUUGCGUGUGUACUGCAAGCCGCGGCGCCGGGUGACUUGGAUCUUGGUCCCCCCCAAACGAAGAGAUCUCG